AUGCUUUUGCUCUGCCACAAUGAACUGAAAGCAGAACUGGGAACAACACCCAACAUAAAACAGAUUGUGGUUGGCCGGUGCUAUAAUUAUAUCACACUAGUUAACCCUAGCUUAAGGUUUGACUGUGAGGAGAUCUGGAGAGAGUUUGAGGAGGUUGUUGUGCAAAGGUCCGCUUGCAAUGUGAGGGUGAAGGACUAUCAUCGUUUGUUUCACGCAAUGCCACAAACCUGGCCUUGUGAUCGGUUUCUCUUCUGGAGUAAAACCAGGACUCUGGUGCACAGUUACACAGCUGCAGUUCGUCACUUCUGGACCCUGGAGGACACACUGGUGGGCUACAUAUUCAAUGACCUCAUCUGGUGUGGCCAGGAGGAAGACCAAGAUUUUGAUUUCAGUUCUUGUCCGGAGUGGUCAGCAUGUGUUAAUCAUCCAGUGUAUUCCUUGUGGAGGCAAGCCUCACAAAAUUUUGCAGAAACAGCCUGUGGCAAUAUCACAGUCCUGCUGAAUGGCUCUAUUGAUCAUGCUUUCAACAGGAAAAGCAUGUUCGGGAGUGUUGAACUGGACAGCCUCAACCCUCGAAUGGUGAAUCAUGUCAACAUAAAGGUGGUGGCCAAUCUAGAGGGACCCUUUAUAGAAUCGUGCACUCAGGGCUCCAUUGUGGAUCUGAUUGAAAUCCUGCAGUCUAGAGGUUUCCGCUGGACCUGCACAGACAACGACCUGACCCUGAUGAUCCUUCAGUGUGUGCAGAACCCCAAACAGUCCUCCUGCCAGACAUGUACAAACAGCCUUUUACACACAAAGAGGCUGCCACUCAACUGAACCGUCAAACACAUCUCAACAUGCUCACAGUUUUCAAGAAUGUUGUUGUCAACCUGUUUAUUUUUUAACUCAGCUCAUGCAGAGAGGACUUUCAACGAACUGUUUUAUCCAGUUUUCGCAACUUUUUCAGUCCUGGUUACCUUUCCA